AUGGAUGAAUCAAUAAAUAACAGAAGUCAUGUAGAUAUUAACUUGCAUGAAAGAAGUGACUAUAGUUUGCCUAAAAUUAAAGGUGCUAACUCAAAUGGGAGAUAUAGAGAGUCAAACAGUCAUAGCUCUCUUAAUAAAUCAAGAAAUAGCAUAUAAUCAGCAUCUAGAUUCUACCAGGGUCCAUCAAAUAAAUAUGGUUACUAUGUGCCCGAUAAUUACUCAUAUAUUGAUAAGCCAAGAACUUUUAUGAUAAGCAAGUCAAAAAAUAAGGACUUUAUCUCUACAGUUGUGAAAUAAAAACAAAAUAUUCCUGGUCCACAGCAUUAUGAGACAUAAGUAAACUUACUAAUGAAGAAAAACAUUUCAAUUUAUAAGAAAAAGAGGUACUUGGAAAUAAUAUAUCAAAUAACAAUAUAUAGAGAAUCGUUUGCUGAGGAUAUAAUGAAAAUGUCUAAAUAAACGCCUGGAGUGGGAUCAUACACUAUCAAUAACUAACCUAAGAUUAAAGGAUGCUAUAAAUAGUAAUAUUCAGAUUUUGUUAAGUUUCAUUUCAAAAUAGAAAUCUCGAGAAAAUUAGUUGUAUGGAUGAGGCAGUCUUUGAUGCAUUGUAGGUACCUAGUCAUUAUCCUGCUGUUAGAAUUGUAAUUAUUAUUCCAAAUUAAACUAAAUUAGGAACUGACUAAAUAGAAAUCUCUAGCUUUAAAAAUAAGACCUGAAACAGAAAUGGAGCUCACUCUAAAGAAAAGAGAUGUGGAAAGGAAAAACAGCCCCUCCCCUGUAUCAUAUAAAACUGAAGAUGCUUGGUCUAAAACUUAGGCACCCAGAGUGAGCUAUAUCAUUUCUAAAGGGAAAAAUCUUAAGUUCACAGAUAUCGUUUAGAAAAAUUCAUCUAAAAUACCUUCAGUUGGCCAUUAUGAUAUUUCAAAGUCAUUUGAUAAAAUUUCAAGACCAAAAGGUUGGAAAUGA